UAUUAGACAUGCGCUCAGCACUUGAUCAAAAGUUUGUUUAAUUAAUUAAUAGAGGCAAAUGCCGAUUGGGGUGUCGAUGUUUGAAUUGAAAUCAAAGCAGUCGCUAAUAAUACUUCCUCUAAUACUUGCAGUUGCAGUUUCUCUGUAUCUCUCCGUCAAUUUUACACAAUCCAGACCAAAAGCAAUCAGUCCAUCUGGGUCUGAAGAAGGAUCUCCCAUGGCCGCCAACGAAUUUGGUGUAACAGUUGAAAAGAAUCCUACUCAGUCCAAGCUCACUGAGCUAGGAGUCGCAACUUGGCCCAAGUGGAGUUGUGGUCCAAGCAAAUUUCCAUGGUCAUUCAGUGCCACAGAGACCAUGUAUCUGCUGGAGGGAAAAGUGAACGUUGAAGUUGAUGGGAAAGAAGGAUCGUUCACAAUCGGGGCUGGUGAUUUUGUUGUGUUCCCUAAAGGAAUGAAGGUCACUUGGGAUGUCAUUGAAGCUGUGAACAAGCAUUAUAGCUUGGAAGAGUGACGGAUUUUAUCUUUCAACUGAUGUUGGUGUAGAAUGCCAUGUACUGACCUGAUUGUACUGCCGAUUUGCGUGAUGUUCGUGUAUUUUAUGUAUCUUGUGAUGUUAUUGUGAGUUACUGGACUCUUAGAGGGGAUAUAUACUCUCGUGUUACAUGCAUAGAUCGGCUUCGAACGUUAUUCGAUCUUGUCUGAAGACCAGCACAAGACUAAAUAGGAUAAAUGGUCUUUUAAGCAGAAGAUGGAGCAGCUGUUCUGUUUCAUUAAAUUCUGUUGCAUCACAACAUUAUGUCUUUCUAGUUUUGCACAAAGUGUGGCUUUUGUGGUUUUCA